ACGAUCACCGACUCGUUCCAAGCCUUCGUUAUGAGAUACUUUUCGUAUCUCGCGGUUGUCGUGAUCUGUGAAGCGGCAAGACUUCCCAGAGGAUCGGAUCAGACCUACUUCCCGAACUUCCAGAGCAUUUAUCAUGGCAACGGUGCCACUAGCUACCAGAACGUACGAAUCGGUGAACCAGAAAUACCGCAUCUCGAAGACUAUAAAACGCAAGAUGGAAACCUAGAUCUAGGAAACGCUUACGACGAAGAUCAGCCGGCUGGUAUCCAGCAGAAUUUCGUGGACCAUUUGGCGGAAGAUCCGUUCGAGGAGGUAACGACGAACGACUUGGACCUCGAGCACCGGCACAGUCUUCCUCAAGAUUACGACCGAUUUAACCACGAGCACGAUUACGAGUAUUAGUUACUGGAAUAUGAUAUCGAAAUCGUAAUUUAAUUUCAUUUCU